AUGAAAGUCAACAUAAGUCAAGUGAUCUUUACUUUUAACUUAACUGCUUUUGUCAUUCAUCUGACGAUCGUUCGUCCCUUAACUGAACGUGUCACGCAUGUGACGAUCGUUCGUCCCUUAACUGAACGUGUCACGCAUGUGACGAUCGUUCAUCUCUUAUUAACUGAACAUAAUGAUGUUUGGUCACGAAAUGCUGCUUUGAAACUGUUUCGUUUGCUACAAAAAUCGAAGCAAUAUUCACCUGAGGAUGGUCUUCGACUUAUUAUUAAUGAAAUUGAGACAAAUGAUCACAUUACUCAACAGGAGUGGAUCGACAUGGAACAGAAAAUAACAAUAUUUUGGAAAAUAACAAUGGCCUCUUUUGGUCCUUGA